GAUACAUUCUUCUAUACGCUUGCGUUAUUGGCACUGGUAUUAUUCUUUGUGGAUGAACUGAUCGAAUGGUAUGAAGCGAUGUCAAUGUUCCUCAUCUACAUAAUUUAUGGCAUCACUAUGAAAUACAACGAUCAUAUCGAAAAAAUCUUCAGGCUUAAAUUAUAUAAUAUCACUCAGUUCAUUGGUGCAGAACAUCGCAUCCCCAUCGCUACCAAAUAUUAUGGGACAUCGGAAGUCGAUUCCGAUGCUGCAUUCAGGGGCGCUUUAUCGAAGCAGUGUUAUAGCAUUGCAGCGAAGGGCUUCUAG